AAUUGUCGUCGAGUGGCAACUCCGCGCGGAGUGGCCCAAAAAAAAAACCGACAACGGAGAUUUCAACAAGCGAUUUCCGAGCAGCAAACACAACGAAAUGGGUGCCACAGCCUCGUGCAAGAAAACCUCCGGCAGUGGCUAUCCGGAGCACGAUGAUCCCAGCUACCGCAAGUGCCAGGAGCUCAAGAUGGAGCGCUGGAUACAGAUGCACUACCAGAUCAAGCAGCGGGAACAGGCACUGGCCAUCGCCCAUCACCGGGAGCUCUUCUACUGGCUGAGCGGCUUCUAUCUGAGUGCUGUCUACGGCUGCGCCAGUUACUACCAGCGGGUGAGGAGUGUAUCCGCGCUGGCUCCGCUCCUGCCGCUCACCUUCGUGGUGGGCUACUAUUCCGACUGGGCCUACGGCAGCAAGAUGCAUCGCAUCCAAGCGGAGGCCAACAUGAUCAUGGAGCACGAGCAGGAGCUGCUCCACUGGCCAGGUGGACUGCCCACCGUCGCCGGCAUCGAUGAGGCACGCGUGGAGACCGAAAUGGAGAAGAAAAUGCAUCCGCACCACAUGUAGAGGCAAGAGGAUGUCCCUCUCCCCGUUAGUCUGUUGUAGGUGGGAUUGGGUUCUCGUGCUCAGGUCCUCGUUCAAAAAUGCACACACACAUACACACGCUCCACAAUCAAUACAAAGAGUGUACGAUAUUUGUAAUAUCCCUCUAGCUAGAAUUGUAUACUUUUUUUGUUGGCACAAACACAGUGCUGAAUGCUCAACUGUGGGGACCAUUGAAUUACACGUAACAACACUCACCAGCAUUCAAAUUGCGUUUCACAGCUCUUUAAUCACCAUUGCAUUUGGCAAGUUCUUACAACGAAUAUAUAGCAUUACAUGCAACUAUAUCCAAUUUAUGCUCAAAUGUUCAGCAUUUUUAAAUUGAAAGGCUGCCUGAAAAUUGAUUCAAAACUAAGAGAAAUAAUUGUGACAAGCAAAAAAGCAUCAUCAUAUCAUAUAGUUCCAAAGGAGCAAUACCUUCACCAAGUUUAACAAUUCACAAACAAAUCGUUUUUGCUGCACAGAACCCCAAACCAGCCUACAGCGCCAGAUAGCUCAAAUAUAGGCCUAUAUAUACAUAUAUAUAGUUAUAUUAUAUAUAUUAUAUAUAUUUAUAUUCAAAAGUCCUCCAUAACGACCAUUUACUUAGCCGCAGAUUACUCGCUCUUUCUAAACUCUAUCUAUGUAUCUGUGUGUGUGACGCGCUUUACUUAUUCAGCAAUUUUUUGAGACAAUACUCCUUAUAUUGGAUAGUUAAAAUGAUUGAUAUAUAUAUAUAUAUAUAUAUUAUAUACCUAUGUACACUUGAUACAAAUUGUAGUCUAGAAUGUCUAAUAAAUGUUUUGCUCCCAGCUCAAAAA